AUGUCUGGAAAGCGCGGUCGAGGUUCUACCUCCGGUAACAAGCUCAAGAUGACUCUUGGUCUGCCAGUCGGCGCCGUCAUGAACUGCUGCGACAACUCCGGUGCCCGCAACCUGUACAUCAUCUCCGUCAAGGGUAUUGGUGCGCGUCUCAACCGCCUGCCCGCUGGUGGUGCCGGUGACAUGGUCAUGGCGACCGUCAAGAAGGGAAAGCCCGAGCUGAGGAAGAAGGUCAUGCCCGCCGUCAUUGUCCGCCAGAGCAAGCCAUGGAGGCGAGCAGACGGUAUCUACCUGUACUUCGAGGACAACGCCGGUGUCAUUGUCAACCCCAAGGGUGAAAUGAAGGGCUCUGCCAUCACUGGACCCGUCGCAAAGGAGGCUGCUGAGCUGUGGCCGCGUAUCGCCUCCAACUCCGGUGUCGUCAUGUGA